AUGAUAGCAAGAAGAUCAUUAUCGACGAUACAAUUGACUAAGAGGUUUUUAUCACAAGAAAUUAAAACUAAUAGUAGUAAUAGUAAUAAAAGAUACAUACAAACAAUACCUUUAUCAACCGGUAAUACUAAUCCAUCUUCAUCUUCAUUUUUUUAUAAUAAUGAUCAAAAUAGAGAACCAAAACUUAUAGAUAGGAAUGAUACAAGUAGUAACACCAAAACUCCUUUAAAUAAAUGGGCUAAACAUUCGUUAGGAUUUCCAUCAUCACCUAUUUCAUCACAAUCACCAAAACCUCAACAACAAAUACCUCAAUUACAAUCACAAUCACAAUCACAAUCUCAAGUACCAGUACGGAGGCUGAGGACCUCGAGGUUCAAAAAAGAAACAAUGCCUCAACAACAAUCACAGCAACAGAAACCAUCAGAACCAGCUUCUGAAAUAAUAGAUAUAGCAUUUGAUCCUGAAACUCAAGCAGCAUCAUCUUCAAUACAAAAUACUAAAUCUACUCAAGCAUCAAUACCCAAAACCACAUCAACUAUACCCACUACAAAUACAACAUCUACUCCUAAAAAGAAAAGAACUUUGAAACCAAGAAAAGCAUUAAUAACAUUAUCAUCAAAUGCAAUAAAACAUUUACAAGCUUUAUUAGAUCAACCAACUCCAAAAUUAAUAAGAAUUGGUGUUAGAAAUAGAGGUUGUAGUGGAUUAACUUAUAAUUUAGAAUAUGUUGAUAAACCUGGAAAAUUUGAUGAAACUGUUGAACAAGAUGGUGUUAAAGUAUUAAUAGAUUCAAAAGCAUUAUUUUCAAUUGUUGGUUCAGAAAUGGAUUGGUUAGAUGAUAAAUUAAGCUCAAGAUUUAUUUUUAAAAAUCCAAAUUCAAAAGGUACUUGUGGAUGUGGAGAAUCAUUUAUGGUAUAA